UCCUUUCUUUCGCCCAGCUCUUUAGCGAAUUCACAUGUUAAAGUAACCGAGGAAAACCGGCCAGACCACUGUUGUUAUUCGGUUCAGUUUUGUUUAGGAGUGGGUGUAUGUUCCUGCUUAUUAGUAUGUAAUUGUUAAAGAAUUGAGAGUGUUUGAUUUAAAAAAAAACACAAUCACUGACACUUAAGGCGCGUGGGUGAGAACCCGUGCGUUUAGCCUAUUCUUUCAUUCUCAAAGGACGAAGAACAAAAACGAAACAAACAAAAAAAUAAAAAGAAGAAAAGAAGAAAUUAACAAUAAGGACUAUUAACAAUAAUGGCCUUUUUAACAUUUUGGAACUACUGCCUCCCCAUUCUCGUCGUUCUCCUCCUAUCCUUUGUACGCACAGUUCGAAGUCAGGCGGUGCAGGCGGAGAACGUGACGGUGCUGGAGGGGGGCACGGCGCAGAUCUCCUGCCGGCUGCAGAACUACGACGGCUCCAUCGUGGUCAUCCAGAACCCCCGCAGGCAGACGCUCUUCUUCAAUGGCACCCGAGCGCUGAAAGACGACCGCUUCCAGAUGGUCCUGUUCACUCAGCGGCUGGUGCGCAUCACCCUGAGCAACGUCAGCGUGUGGGACGAGGGCGGCUACUUCUGCCAGCUCUACACGGACGACACGCACCACCAGGUGGCCACGCUGACCGUCAGCGUGCCCCCCGAGGUGCCCACCGUGGAGGUGAAGACGGAGGCGGUGGAGGGGGGCGAGGUGGAGCUGGUCUGCCUGUCCCCGCGCAGCAAGCCCCCCGCCACGCUGCGGUGGAUGCGCGACCGACGCGAGAUCCAAGGGGUGGUGUCGCAGCAGGACUACGGGAAGACGUACAGCGUUUCCAACACCAUCACCAUCCCGGUGACGAUGCGGGACAACGGCGCGCAAGUCAGCUGCGAGGCCUCCCACCCCGCCCUGGGGACGCAGCGGAAGGUCCGGCACUACCGGCUGGACGUGCACUUUGCCCCCACAGUGAAGAUCAUCCCACCCCCGGGAAUACUCAGGGAGGGGGACUCCCUCAGCCUCUUCUGCUCUGUCACCGGAAACCCUCUGCCGCGGAACGUGCAGUGGUCCCGGGUGAACGACACCCUCCCGGAGCGGGCAGAGACCGUGGGCCCCACCCUGACCGUGUCCCGGCUCAGCCAGGCCCACAACGGGACCUACCUCUGCCAGGCGCACAACAACUACGGCCGGGCCGCCGACCACUACGCCCUGCUGGUGUACGAGUAUGUGUCUGUCACUCCCACGGCCCCUCCCACGGCCCCUCCCACGGCCCCUCCCACUUCCCAUCCCACCACCUCAGUCCCAGCCUCCCUAACCCCAGUCGGUGCCAUGGACCCCAGAGAUCCCGGCGCAGUGGUGGAGACCCAGAGUGCAGUACCCUACGCCGUAAUAGGGGGCGUCCUCGCGCUGCUGGUCUUCACCAUCAUCUGCGUGCUCAUCGUCACCAUCUGGUGCUCCGUCAGGCAGAAAGGCUCGUACCUCACCCACGAGGCCAGCGGCCUGGACGAGCACGGCGAGGUCCAGGAAGCCUUCCUCAACGGCAACGACACCCGGGAGGGCAAGAAGGAGUAUUUACUGUAGCGCCCUCUGCUGGCGGGCCUCCUUCGACUGCGACCGCACGACGGCAUUCUCCAUACCACACACCGCAAGACUGUCAAAAAGGGGAAAGGAUGGAUGAUCCACCUGUCACAAUUGUGCCAUAUAAAGGGAAGGGAUGCAGACAUUGUGAGAGGAUGAGGGAGAGGGGAUGUUUUUUUGUUUAUUUCGUUUUUGUUUUUUUUGUUGUUUUUGCGGAGGACAGAAAGUAGAUAAGAAAGAAAACAAUCCCAACCCGUGCACUGUGCUUAGCAGAGCGAGACCGACUGAGAGAAAAACGUUUGAAUCCGGCGCCCAGAGAAAACCGCUUAGUCAGAACACAGCACACAGUCCACAACCUGCCAAGAUCGAGGACGGCAGCGGGAAGGCGGGGCCAGGGUGGAGGGAGGGGA